UAUAUUGUUUAGUUAUUUUCGAGUUCCCGUUGGAAAAUAUUUAAUUUAAUAAAUAAUUGUUGUAUAAAAAUUUUAUAGUAAUAAUUAAAAAUUGUCUAAGAAAUAUAAAAACAAUACAUUGUAACUCUUCUAUUCUAAAAUCAUGGAUGUUAUACACAAUGGAUGGUUUAGUGAAAUACAAAAUGAAUUGUGGCCUGGUCAAUGUUUUUCAUUAAAAGUAAAGAAAAUUUUACACGAAGAAAAAUCAAAAUUUCAAGAUAUUAAAAUAAUUGAAACAACAAAUUAUGGGAAUUGUUUAAUUCUUGACGGUAUUAUACAAUGUACAGAACGUGAUGAAUUUUCUUAUCAAGAGAUGAUAUCAUUUAUACCACUUUGUUGUCAUUCAAAUCCAAAAAAAGUGCUAAUAGUUGGCGGCGGUGAUGGUGGUGUUGCAAGAGAAGUUUUAAAACAUCCAUUAGUUGAAGAGAUACAUCAAAUUGAAAUUGAUGAACGCGUUGUUGAAUUAUCAAAAAAAUAUUUACCUCAUAUGGCAAUUGGAUUUAAAAAUCCAAAAUUAAAAUUAACAAUUGGUGAUGGAUUUGAAUAUAUGAAAAAUCAUAUAAAUGAAUUUGAUGUUAUAAUAACAGAUAGUUCAGAUCCAGUUGGACCUGCUGUAUCACUUUUUCAAGAAAAUUAUUUUUCAUUAAUGCGUAAAGCGUUACGACCUGGUGGUAUUGUUUGUUCUCAAGGUGGUACAUUUUGGACUGAUUUGCAACAUGUUAAAGAAACUAUAGAAAAUUGUAAAAAACAAUUUCCAAAUGUUGGUCACGCAGUUACUGCUGUUCCGUCAUAUCCAUGUGGGCAAAUUGGUUUCAUUAUAGGUAGCUUAAAUAUAGAUCAAAAAUUAUGUGAACCAGUAAAGAUAUUUUCAAAGGAAGAAAUCGAUAAUAUGAAUUUAAGAUAUUAUACAAGCGAUAUUCAUAAGACUGCUUUUACAUUACCCAGAUAUGUUGAGAAAACGUUGUAUGAGAAAUGAAUUAAAUUUUGAAUAUUAAAAAAAUAAGAAUUUUUGUUUUUGGUUUUCUAUUCCUUAAAUAUAACAUACCUGAACAUAAUAGCUACAAUCUUGAGGAUCAUAAAUUUUUAUUUUAAU